AUGGCAUCCCAUCCAGACUUCGGAAAAUGGACGGAAGGAUCAACAGUAACUGCUGCGUUCCCCGACCAGAUCAAAGGGAAAACAAUCCUGAUCACUGGAGUUUCCCCCAAUGGCCUGGGUGCGAGCACGGCAGAAGCCUUGGCCGCCCACGAACCGGCGCUGCUGAUACUCACAGGGAGGACGAAAAGCAAAGUGUAG